CAAAAAAAUGGCGACAUAUGUGGACCCGGACCAGACCCCAGAUGCCACUGCAGAGAAAUGCAGCCGUUUUGAGGUGUUGGACUGGCUCAAUAAGAUCCUGGACAUCAAAUUCACCAGGGUAGAGCAGAUAUGUUCAGGUUCCUGCUACUGCCAGCUGAUGGACUGGCUCUUCCCUGGGUGCAUUGACAUGAGCACAGUGAAGUUCCAGGCCCAGGACACACCAGACUUCAUCCACAACUACAAUCUGCUUCAAGCUGGCUUCCGAAAGACUGGUGUCACCAAGUUUGUUCCAGUGGAGGAGCUGAUGAACGGAAGGUUCCAGCCCAACUUCGUAUUCCUGAAGUGGUUCAAGAGGUUUUUCCAGGCUAACCUGGUGGGGCAGGUGUAUAACCCUGUGGAGGGUCGCCAGGGCCAGGAGAUCCAGCCUGCCAGACCCCCCCUCCGCUCCCCCCAGGGACUUGGCCGCAAGUCUGCCAGCUGCAACCCCAGUCAAUCAGGGGGGUUGGAAACCGACACAGAUGAAGAAGCUUUAGGGAAGUAUCAAAGGAAACGUAUAGUUUAUGAAGAUAUAUGGAGGGAGACGCACUCCUGGGUAGGGCCCAGCACUCUGGGAGAGUUCCAUGCCUACUGCAGUCUGUGUGACAUGAAUUUCAACAUCUAUCACUCGGGCCUUGUUGACCUCAAGCGUCACUCGCAGUGCAAGAGGCACCACAAGCUUACCCUGGCUGCCAAUGGAUGCAACGUAAGAACCGAGGCGAGAAAGAGCAGGCAGGGCAGCAUCAGCAGCUGUCCACCCUGUAGUGAGUUGGUCCUGUGCUUCAUUCAGGUUAACUGCGUCUCUGGUCCGUCCGCGGCUGGGGACCAGGUGUCUAACAGAUACGGUCAGUAUGUCCUGGGACUACAGUACCCAGAAGACAUAGUGUCCGCUUGCCAAAAGACUCCUUACUGCAUAUACAUGUACGGAGGAGUGGUGCUAGGGGAGGCUGGCAUAGCUUCUGUAGUUCUAGUAGGCUAUUUUGAUGUGAAGGCAGCCAAACACUGCAUCAGGCUGUUGGAUGUCCUGCAGUCUCCAGCCGAAGACAAUACUGGAGAGGAAACUGCUGCGGCUUUGGUGGAGACCUUGAAGAGGUUUGGGCUUCCUGCAGUUAACCUCGCUGCUCUCUACACAGAUGGUAACGGUGCUGCCUCUGAGCAGAUUUGCUCACAGCUUAGGGAGCUCAACCCCAACGUGGUGGUGCUAGGUAGGCUGUAUGGAGUGGCUGAUGCAUCCUGCCAUGCUGGGAUGGUAGAGCUCUCCACUCAGGCCCAGGAGCUAAUUGUAGAUAUCUACUCCCACUACUCCUUCUGCUCCACCAAGAAUGACAACCUGAAGGAACUGUUUUCUAGCAUAACCAGUAUCAAUGGCCUUACCCUUCCUCUCACCACCUGCUGCCUUAACUUCUGCAUGUUAGCCAGGAAAGUAUUGGAAAUGUGGACAGAUCUAAUCUCCCACUUCAGCUCCUGUAACAAAGAGGAUGACGUAGAUGAGAAGGCCAAACUGAUCUGCACACAACUGCAGGAUCCCCAAAUCAGGGCUACCUUUAUGUUCCUAAACCAGGCCCUGGAGCCCCUCUGUGCCUUCCAGGAGCGACUGCACCACCAUGAGGGCUCGGCCCGGGCCGACCUGGUGCAGAUCCUACAGGAAGCCAGCAACCUCCUGCGCUCCUAUGCCUCCAGUUUCCUCCGUCCUCAAGCUGUCGUGCGUUUCCUCAAGGAACGUGAUGUCUCUCUCCUCAAGACCACAAAGUUCCACCUGCCAGGGCCAGAGCUGAACAUAGGUGGGGCUGCAGUGGAGGACUUCCUGUGUGAGUCAUCAGAGUCAGGAAGUGAAGCACUGCAGUUUUUACAGGAACAGGCUCUGUCUUUCUACACAGCACUUACAGCCAGCGUGGCGGAGGGGCUGCCUCUGAGUGACGGCGUGUUGAGGAGCAUGGCCCAGCUACUGAGCCCCCAGGGUAGGCUGAAGGUCACAGGGAAGGUGGUGGGAGAGCUGGGGGCUAAACUUGGGCUCUGCAGCUCACCUGAGGAGAUCAGCCAGCUGAACAAGGAGUUCCUGGAGUACCAGCUGGCAGAGGAGGGAGAGUGGGAAGAGGGAGAAAAUGGAUCUGAUGGGGGCAUCCAAAAUGGCUCUGCAGCCACCUCGCUGGAGCAACAUUGGUGCACUGUGUUGAAGGCUUCUGGAUCAACCAGCAUCUUCAGGAAACUUGUUUUGACCCUCUUAGCCAUGCCUUGCCCCCCACUUGAAGCUCAGAAGGUCUUCACACAGGCUGUGGAGAAUGGGGACGCUGCCCAGUUCACUGACAGUGUGACAGAAAGUGAGCUGGACUCCGUUCGGGAAGUAGACCUGACCAAUGACAGCGCUCUAUCAGACAACAACAGUAUCUACGAGCCUGGCAUGAAGAAGAGAGGUCGUCCCAGAAAGAUUCCAUCAGAUGGGCCAAAGAAUGAGGACGAUACUGUGUUCGUUGAGGACAACGUCAUUUGGACAAAUACUAUGGAGGGCACCAUUAGGGGCAUUUAUGGUUGGGAGAGCAGCUUACGCCAGAAGCCACAGGCGCGCACUGUGUUUCAGGCUGGUGCCGGCACCUGGGUCAAGCCACAGGCGCUUGACAACGACAGCAAAAAGGACCAGGAGUCCGAGGCUGCAUCGAAUCAUACAUCCAACGUGUCUACAACGAGCCCCAGGGGAGCAAAGAAGGGCAUUGAUUACCAGGAUGGGAAGGGUUUCCCCACUGGAGAGCUGGUGUGGGGAAAGGUGAAGGGCUUCUCCUGGUGGCCUGGACUGGUGGUGCUCUGGAAGUCCAACAAGGCACCGCCUGUAUCCAAGCGCCGGGUAGAGUGGUUCGGUGACGGAAUGUUUUCCGAGAUCUAUACAGAGAGGCUUCUGCAUUUUGCAGCUUUUGCAAAGUGCUUCUGCAAGAAUUCCUAUUCCAGCUUGCCCACCUACAAAGAUGCUAUCUACCAGGUCCUUGAGUUGGCUGGUGAACGCUGUGAGAAGUCCUUUCUUGCAGCGGGGAAUAAGCAGGAGUUGAUGCUGGACUGGGCCUACAGUGGAUUCCUGCCCACUGGACCAGAUGGGUUCAACCCCCCACCACCUGCAAAUGCCAAAGACUCAAAGGCAGAAUCUUCAGACUCGUCUCUGGCAGACUACCAGCCCCCAGCUAAGAGGAAGUAUGUGAACAAGAACAGACCAUCCUAUGGGAAUCAAAGCUACAGCAGAGAGGCAAUGGUACAAGAGGUUAUGAAAGGCAAACAUGUUAAAGAAUUCUGUUUAUCAUGUGGAACCCCCCACAUCCACACCUUCCACCCACUGUUUGAGGGGAGUCUUUGCCUGAAGUGCAAGGAGAACUUUAUUGAGACUUUGUACAGAUACGACGAAGAUGGCUACCAGUCCUACUGCACGGUUUGUUGCGCUGGCCAAGAGGUCAUUCUGUGUGGCAAUGCCAGCUGCUGCAGGUGUUUCUGUAAGGACUGCCUGAACAUUUUGGUUGGUGAUGGAACCUUUGACAAGCUGAAGGAUGUUGACCCAUGGAGCUGCUUCAUGUGCUUACCAUCCCAGUGCAACGGAUCACUCAAGCUGCGAACUGACUGGAGCGUGCGAGUCCAAGAGUUUUUUGUCAACAACAGUGCUCUAGAGUUUGAACCCCACAGGGUGUAUCCCUCCAUUCCUGCCCAUCAACGCAGACCCAUCAGGGUGUUGUCUCUCUUUGAUGGGAUUGCCACAGGGUACCUUGUGCUCAAAGACCUGGGCUUCAUCGUAGAACGCUACAUCGCCUCUGAGAUCUGUGGGGACUCGAUUGCUGUGGGUAUGAUCAAACACGAGGGCAAGAUAGAGCACAUCAAUGACGUACGCACCAUCACCAGGAAACAUCUGGCUGAAUGGGGUCCCUUUGACCUCCUGAUUGGAGGAAGCCCCUGCAACGACCUGGCCUGCGUCAACCCUGCUCGGAAAGGCUUAUUUGAGGGCACAGGCAGGCUGUUCUUUGAAUAUUACAGGAUGCUGACCAUGAUGAGGCCAAGGGAUGAUGACGACCGUCCGUUCUUCUGGCUCUUUGAAAAUGUGGUGGCCAUGCGCGGUCAUGACCUGGCCGACAUCUGUCGCUUUCUUGAGUGUAAUCCCAUCCUGAUCGAUGCAGUAAAAGUGAGCCCAGCUCACAGAGCUCGCUACUUCUGGGGAAACCUCCCUGGCAUGAACAGACCUCUAGCUACCUCUCUGGAUGACAAGGUGAACCUGCAGGAUUGUCUGGAGCCUGGACGCACGGCCAAGUAUAACAAAGUUCGUACCAUCACCACCAAGUCCAACUCUAUCAGACAGGGGAAGAUGGGAUCACUACCUGUCGACUUUAAUGGCAAGGAGGACUACCUUUGGUGCACAGAGAUGGAGAAGAUCUUCGGCUUUCCCAAGCAUUACACUGAUGUCAACAACAUGGGUCGGAGCCAGCGGCAGAAAGUACUGGGCCGAUCAUGGAGUGUACCAGUUAUCCGGCACCUCUUCGCUCCACUCAAGGACUACUUUGCCUGUGAGUAGGAACCCCACGUUCCUGUGUGUUGCACUGUCGUCAACAACAACAGCAACAUGAAAUGGCUGAUUGUUGGAGAGCGGAGGGUAAAAACAGGAUCAUUAUCCUGCCCUGCUUUUCAGUGAACGGAACUGUCCUGUGUUUCUCAGACUGACCUCACAGAAUCAUCUUAGUCUUUUUAUCACUGGCUGUAUUGACUGUUUUAUUAGGUUUUAGAUAAUGAGCAUGUCUCAAUGCAGUGUGGUCAUAUGAUCAUAAUAUUACCAGAAUGCACUGACACUUUUUGGUUCUUUCAGUUUGUCUGGAAUAGUUCACAUUUGUCUAUCAUUUAUUUGAUGUUUGGUUUUGUCAACUUUUGGUCAAUGAUGGUGAGAUCAGACCUCAAACCCUGCCCACUAUCUACCUCAAUACUAAUCUGUGAUCGGUCUGACAUCUGCAGAAACACAGUUUUAUCUCUAUUUAAUUUAAUGAUUUUGUAUCAUUUAUUUUAUAUUUGAAUGUUAUAAAUAGUCAGAUAAGUAAUGUUCACGUGUAAUUAUGUGAAUAAACCUAAUGUUUUUUUACUUGUUUGGAAAAAUAGAUCUUCCAAGAUAAUUAAAAAUCCAAAACUCAGAUUCAAACCAAGGCCAAAAAUGUGCCUUGAGUGUUUGUUUGUAUUUUACCUUGGCCAAUAUUCAUCAUGGUUACAGUCUGUGUGGUGCUAUUUUAGGGUUUUUAAUUAUAUUCUUGUCAAAGAGGUGGUCACAGGACACACAUUUUCACUAACUAUAGGCAGGUUUCCAUUGACACAGGUUAAUUAGACUAAAGCAAUGUUGCAAAAAAAUAAUUGCCACAUGUGUAAUGGAAACGGCAGAUGUAGGAGAAAUUUUCUAAAGAUCUAAUACAUUUUUAUACAUUCGACAGGGGUGGAUUUUUCUUUUGUCUUACGAAUAAAUUAUGAUUGCCGAAUAAUUUUGAAGGUAGGCCUACGCGGGGCAUUUGAUGUUAUCGGGUAACUAUAAAUGUCCACUCCACAUUUAAUUCUAAAUGCCUACUGCUUGCAAAAUCCAUUUAUUCAACUAGAAAAAA